GAAACCGAGACUUCUUGCUUGAGCAAAAACUUUCAAAAUGGGGUUGUACAGGAAGUUAAAUGAGUAUUAUCGUGUUUUAGCUUUAACUUUAAGAUCUUUGGCACAUGAUACAUGUAGAAGUAGAUACUUCAUUGUAGACGCUGCUUUUGAGCCAGUGUAUUGGUUUGUUGAUAAUGUCGCUUGUUACAUAGGGAUGAUCUUUGUUGUCUUGGUGACACUGUUAACAGCUUCAGUUGUCAUUAUUUGGUAUUUCUAUUUGCUGCCAUUGAUUCGAACUUUCAACAGCUUGUGGGUUUUUGGUCACAUAAUCAUUGCCCAUUGGCUGCUUAUCAAUAUAGUGUUCCACUAUUUCAAGGCUGUGUUCACUGAUCCUGGUAUUCCACCUCAGGGAACACCAAUGGAGAAGAUUACAAGUGCACUUGUUUGCAGAAAAUGCAUUCAGCCAAAGCCUCCAAGAGCACAUCACUGUUCUGUUUGUAACAAAUGUUUUCUGAAGAUGGAUCACCAUUGUCCUUGGAUGAACAACUGCAUUGGCUUUUACAACCAUAGAUAUUUCAUACUGUUUUGCAUUUUCAUGUGGCUUGGAACUCUAUAUGUCUGCUUUACCACAUUUGAUUUAUUUACUUAUCACUUUUUUCAUCCAGCGACAAUUUUUGACACAGAAAAAAGAGAAACAAAUAAUAUCUUCUUGAAAUUUGGUCCUGCAAUUUUUUUUAAAGAUCUUCUACAGUCUGUGAAAACAGUAGAGCAAAGCUCAGCACCAAUUUUUAAGUAUAGGGAUCAUCCAGGUGGCUGGGAUCAUUCUGACAGUUAUGAGCACCUUGCAAUUAUUUAUCUGUUUCUGCUUUGUUCUGCUGUGACCUGUGCCUUAGGAUUACUCAAUUUGUGGCAUAUGUGGCUAAUAUCACAUGGACAGACUUCUAUAGAAGCUCACAUAAAUACAAAGGAAAAGCAAAAGGCCGCAAAGCGUGGAAUGGGAUACAAUAACCCUUAUGAUUAUGAUUGGAAACAAAACUGGAAGUAUCUUUUAGGAAUCAACCAUAGUAGGUCAUUUUUGUGUGUCCUUCUUCCAUCUGGACACCUCCCCGACGGAGAUGGUAUUCGUUGGCCAAGAAGUAAAAAGCCUCUUUACUAUUAUGAUCAAACUAUAGCAAGCCGAUCCAGAUGGACCUUCAAUAUGUCCAAGCUCAAAAAAUUGUUCCGAUGCUAAAAAGUUAAGCAGCCAUAACAAACUGUGACAGGAACUAUAAAUAUAUUUUGUUUUAACAGGAGCUCAUUAAACAAGGAUUUUUCUAUCCAGAUCAUGGAUUAAGGAGGAUAAACGCUAGUUAUUUAUACAAGGAAGUUUGUGUAUUGGGGGUGGUGAUGUUAAAUCAGGAGGCAGAAGGCAGUUUUUCUGUGUUUUCUAGAAAAUAGCAUUGAAACCAUGAAGCUAAUAUAAAAACUGUUGUGUUGAUAAAUAAUCAAGAAAGAUAUCCCCAUAUGGUGAAUUUAGUCCACAAAUUAAGAUGGUAGAAAGUUUUUAUAUAUGGUUUUUAAAUAUUUUACUGUCUAGCCAAAGGCUAGCUGCGGAAAUAAUCUCCUCUUUAUCCCUUAUGUCAAUGAAUUGCAUUGUUUUUAUAUGUAUGAAUACAAACAUAAUCAAGCACAAAUACCGAUAAGCACAGUCUGAUGUUGUAUCUAUUGGUUUUUUCUGAUGCCUACAUACGGAAAGUUUUUUUGAAAAUUCAAGCCUACCAUAGAAGGGCGUUGCCAACAAAAUGGGUGUAAUAUUCUUUUUUGAAGAGAUGUUUGAGAGUUAACAGAUGAGCACCCUUGCAGAGCAAAACUUCACAUUUUUACAAGGAAUUUUUUUCCAAGGGGAGUGCCCUAACCUAUGCCCCACCAUAGCAAUAAGCCUGUGAAAAAAUUGAUAAGACAUGCCCAAACCUUUCUGAGACCUAGGUAUUUUUGCCCCUUUUUUGAUAGUCUUAUUAAUAUUAGAAAACUUGUCACUGAAAAGUUGCACAAUGUUAGUGUUGAUGGAAAGAGGAAUAAAGGAAACUUUUUGUUUCGUUUUAUGGAAAAUGUUCAGUUUAACUUUCAUUUAAAGCAAGGCCUGCAC